AACUGUCAUAUUUGUCAUUAAAAAUAAAUAUUUGGAAGAAAAUUGAAAAUUGAAUUAUUUUUAGUAUUAUUGCUGAUAAUGGGAAAACCAAAAAAGUCCAGAACUUACAGUAGUUUUUCAGAGGAUUCCAGUGAAGAGAAUUACAAACGUAAAAAGAACAAGAAGAAAAAUAGAAAGAGAAAUUACAGUACAUCAAGUUCAGAAGAAAAAAUCAGUAGGAAGCACAAGAAGCAUCAUAAGAAACGGAGUUCGAGCUCUAGCAGCGAUUCUGAUCGUUCUUCUGAGUGGGUUGAAGCGGAAAAUUGCAGGAAACGGUUGCCUAGUCCACAGUUAGAAAGCAAUCAGAAAUUAGAAAGAGAAUCCUGGAUGAAUGUGAAAAGUAACUUUGCCACCACUUCAAAUUCAGAUCGUAAAAGAGAAAGAGAUGAACAAAAGCGGAUUGAACGAGAAAAACAACAAUACGAUCCUAGGAAGUGUGACAGAGAGCUAAACCCUUAUUGGAAGCACGGAGGGGACGGUUUACCUACUUUUAAAAAACCUGUAGACACUGAAAAAGAAUAUAAUGAUUACAAAUCGUCUAAUAACCGUUAUACAGCUAGAACAUCCAAUUGGAGAAAGAAACCAGAAAAAUCAGACGAACCAUCAAAACAUAAAACUUCCAAGAUCAAUAACAUCGAUAAAAAAGAGGAAGCAUCGUCGAGUAAAGAGGAUACUAGUGAAGUAAUUUACACUGAAAAGGACUUGAACAUUUUAGCAGCUAAACUGGUAAAAGCUGAAAUCAUGGGAAACUCGAAGGCAAUAAAGGAGUUAAAAGAGAAAUUGGAAACAGCAAGAGAGCAUGUAGCAAAUUCAAAACCUAGUGACGAUUAUAUUCUAACGCAAACGGAUUCUAAAGGGCAGUCGAAACCGUUAAAAUUAGAAUCGGAACACGAAUCUUACAGGGGUAAAUCGAAAAGCAAGAAGAUUGAGACACACCAAGGUAAAGAACGGGUGAGAUAUUUCGCUGACGACGAUAAAUACUCGUUAAAGCAAAUGUUUGAAAACGAGAAAUACAAUACAGCAGACAAUCAAGACAAGGAAUUUAUAAAAUCCUUCGGAAAAAUCAGGAAAAACGACGAUUUAGACGACAUUUUCUCCGAUAACAUCAGAAAGAAAGAAUCUGAAGGAAAAGUAGACGAAAGAAACAAAAACAAAGCCAUCAGCGACCACCAGAAAAUCUCCCAAACCCUAGACAACUGCAAUAAAUGCAUCCAAUCUGAAUCGACGCCUAAGCAUUUAAUGAUAUCCAUGGGCGAGACGGUUUAUUUAUCACUACCUGCAUACGAACCUUUAACCGAAGGCCACUGUAUGAUCGUACCGAUCAAGCACACCCCCUGCGCUACCCAGUUAGACGAGAACGAAUGGAGCGACGUUAUGGACGUGAGAAAAUCGUUGGUACGAUUAUUCAAUGCUUCAAAUAAGACGUGUGUGUUCUUCGAAUGCGCGAUGCGCUUGCACAAAUUUCCACACAUGGUUAUAGAAUGCAUCCCUAUCGAUAGGGAAGAGGGAGACAUGGCGCCGAUUUACUUCAAAAAAGCUAUAGACGAAUCCGAAAUCGAAUGGGCGCAGAAUAAAAAGCUGAUACAUCUCAAAGGAAAAGACGUCAGGAAAGCAGUACCGAAGGGAUUGGCGUACUUUUCCGUUUCCUUUGGGAUGGAAGAGGGUUUUGCUCAUGUUAUCGAAGACGAACAGUUGUUUCCUAAUAAUUUCGCUCAGGAAAUUAUAGGGGGCAUGCUAGAUUUGCACCACAGCAAAUGGCGAAAACCUAAAGUUCAAAAGUUCGAAGAGCAAAAGAAAAGGGUGUUGGAAUUUUCAUCUAGUUGGAAAGACUUUGAUUGCUUAACAAACUACUAGAA